AUGUCUACCAUUAAAGUUGCUAUCAUCCAGCUACAUCCCCAACCUCACCAAACAGAGUCCAACCAAGCCCGCGGGAUUGCCUUCAUUCGAGAAGCAGCUCGCACCGGUGCGAACCUUGCAGUACUCCCCGAGUACCAUAUGGGCGACUUCUUCCCCGAAGAUCCCAAAUUUCGCGACCAAUGCGCCAACUGGAAACAGUACUUGGAUGUAUACUGUGACCUGGCAAAAGAAUGCAACAUCUGCAUUGUACCUGGCUCCGCAGCAGAGCUGUACCGCGAUGAGAAUACGGGAGAGGAGACCAUCUUCAACGUGGUAUACUUCAUCGACAACACCGGCGCUAUCGCUGGCCGAUACGAAAAGAAGAAUCUAUGGCACCCGGAGCGGCCCCAUGUGAAGGGAUCACAACAAGAUCCGCACAUUGCCUUUGACACACCACUAGGGAAGGUCGGAAUGCUGAUCUGCUGGGAUGUGGCGUUCCCGGAAGCAUUCCGCGAGCUGAUAAGCCAAGGCGCGAAACUGAUCAUCGUGCCAUCCUUUUGGAAGCUCACUGACUGCGCUCCCCUGGGACUAGUGCACAAUCGUUAUGCAGAGAAAGUUUUUCUCGAUGCGGCGCUUAUCAGUCGGGCAUGCGAGAAUACCUGCGCGGUCGUCUUUUGUAACGCAGGUGGUCCGGCAGAAGAAGACUUUGCGGGGUUGUCGCAGGUCACGGUCCCUUUCUUGGGUUGUAUUGGGAGGGCGGAGACUUGUGAGGAGACAAUGAAAAUCAUUGACUUGGAUAUGAGGAUUUUGGAUGAUGCCGAGUCAGUCUAUAAGGUUCGGCAAGAUAUGGGGCGACAUGAUUGGCACUAUGCGUAUAGAAGCAGCUACAUCUCCCCAGAUCUUGCCGCCCAACUUAACGGCACCUAUGAAAGGCCAUACCUCUCUACACCAGCUGUCGACCUCAUUGACCCGGUCAAGGUGGAGCUUAUGGCCUCAUAA